AUGGGGGAACUGCUUUCAAUAAAGAACCUUUUCAUAUGCGCGAGCGAAAGGAGCGUGGAGGAUCUGCGGACGGCCAUGGAGGGUCUCCUGAAGAAGGAGAAAGCUGAAGUUGCAGAAGGGGAGGAGGCAAAGCAGGGCGGAAAAAAGUACGAAAUGAUUAAAGAUUACAUGGACGCAAAUAAAAAUAACGUGCUCCAUUUUGCAAUUUACGGAAAUAAUAUGAACAACGUGAAAUUUAUAAUUGAAAACACAAAUUUAAUAAAUAGUAUUAACAGCGAAGAGCAAAAUGGGUUGAUUAUUAGUGUCAUGAACAGAAACACACAGAUCUCAAAAUAUUUAAUUGAACAAAAUAUAAAUUAUAAUCACAAGGACAAACAUAUGGCGAAUGCUUUACUCUACAGUCUGAUCACACAAAAUUAUGAAAUUUUUAACAUACUGAUGGAAAAGGAAAAUAUAGACGUCAAUGUUAAUAGCUUUGAAAAGGGAAAUUUAUUAAGUGUGUCAAUAUUUGAAAGGAAUAUAUUUGUGUUAAAAAAAUUAUUCAAUAAAUUUAUUUGUCCCUUUGUUGAGAAAAGUGUCUAUCCUCACCCUGUUCUCUUCAUCACAUACAGUAACGACAAUGACUUGCUUUUCCUUUAUUUAACAUACUGCUUGUAUUUCUGUACCAAAGACGAUAAACUAUAUGAGAUAAACAAAUUGAACUUUGAUCAAUCCACGGAAAAUAUUUACGUCGAUUUGGACCAUCCACAAGUGAUUCGUUCCAUUUGGGACAAUUCCAAUUAUGACCUCAGCGCUUUUAAAGAUAUAUUAAACAUGACGGACGAAGAUGGCACUUCUCUGUUCAGCACGUGUAGCAAUAAUGGGAACUUCCUCGGGAAAGACAUUUUCGCCUACUUCACACCUUCAUCGUAG